AUGGCUUCCGUGUACGGAAUAAGGCUCCGGAUCCCACCCUGGUGGCACACCUUUGUGAGUGACAGGUCAGGCUCAGUCACGCUCUUGGCUCUCAGCGGUUACCGUGCGUUUACCGAGGCCAACGAUGGAAGCAUGUGUCUGGCCAUGGAGUACGGAGGAGAAAAAUCUCUCAGCGACUUAAUUGACGAAAGAUGUGCAAAACACUUGGGCCCUUUCCCUGCUGCCACGAUUUUCAAAGUUGCCUUGAGCAUGGCGAGGGGGCUGAAGUAUCUUCACAACGAUAAGAAGCUGCUCCACGGAGAUAUCAAGUCUUCAAACGUGGUCGUUAAAGGCGACUUUGAAGCCGUCAAGAUCUGUGAUGUGGGAGUGUCCCUGCCCCUGGAUGAGAACAUGACCGUGAGCGACCCGGAGAUGUGCUACGUCGGCACCGAGCCCUGGAAGCCCAAGGAGGCUCUGCAGGACGACGGCGUGAUCACCGACAAGGCCGACAUCUUCGCUUUUGGGCUGACUCUCUGGGAAAUGAUGACCCUCUCCGUGCCCCACAUCAACCUGGGCCAUGAGCCUGAUGACGAAGAUGAGUCCUUUGAUGAAGACUGCUUUGAUGAGGAAGCGUAUUACGCAGCACUGGGAACCCGCCCGGCCCUCAACAUGGAGGAACUGGAUCUGUCCUACCAGCGCAUGAUCGACCUCUUUUCUGUCUGCACCAGCGAGGACCCCAAGAAGCGUCCCUCGGCCGCGUGCAUCACGGAAGCCUUGGAGGCAAGUCUGUCCCAGGAGUAAAAG